GUACUACUUUCACUCAUCUUUGUUUCUACUCAUCUGCUCAGUGACAGUGUUCUUGUAUCAUUGUCUCGACGCUUGGAAUACAAGUUUGCAAUCUAGUUUGCACCAGACUCGACCCCUACUUGUUCCUACCUCACACAAGCCUCUGCAGCUACAUACCCUUCAUCAAUCUUUCUUCUAGUCACCCCUUGUGCUUUUUUGAAUAUCUCAAAGUCAUGUAUCUUGAUUCUGUGCCAUCUUGGAACCUGGGAGCAUUAUGCUUCAUAUUUGGAGUCAUUUCCCAUUUGGGAAUCUUUAUGCGAGGAGAAUGGCACAUGCAGGCGCCCACUCUGUUCUACUUCUAUUCUCUCCUGGCUACAGCUAUCUUUUGUCUACUACGCUAUGUCCGUGCCGACACCAUGUCCAGCAUGUCAACUACGGCACACAUAAUCUCCACGUAUAUGUGCGGUUUAUUCACUAGUAUCAUCAUAUACCGCAAGUACUUCCACCGACUACGACAUUUCCAGGGUCCAUGGGCAGCUGGAGCAACCAAAUUGUGGCAUGUAUGGAAGUGCCGUACCGGUCAGAACUACUUGGUGCUUGAGGAUUUACACAAACAGUAUGGGCCGAUCAUACGGACAGGCCCUGAGGAACUCACAAUCAUCGACCCAGCUGUCCCGCCUGCGGUGGAUGGACCAGGCAACCAGUGUACAAAAGCCGUAUGGUAUGACUUUCUUCUUCCUGAGAUCGCUUUAAAUACAACAAGAAGCAAAAAGGACCAUGAUAUUCGGCGCCGGAUCUGGGACUCAGGUUUCAGCAGCCAGGCAAUGAAGGUCUACGAGGCUCGCGUUGUGGAAUUUGCAGAGACUUUGGCAGCUCGCAUCGCAGAACUAGCUAAUGGUGAUAACCCUGUCAAUGUUUCUGACUGGUUUUACUGGUUCACAUUUGACGUUAUGGGGGAGUUUGCCUUUGCACGAUCGUUUAAUAUGCUCGGGGAUGAAGGGUGGCACCCAGCAGUAAGGCUACUCAGAAGUGCAAUGGCCUUGCUAGGACCCUUUAGCCCGGUGCCUUGGCUUGCUCAGAUAGCCUUCUAUGUCACACCAUGGAUGUUUGUUGUACGGGAUUGGCUGUCAAUGAUGGAAUGGUGCAAAGAGCGGAUGGGGGAACGGAUAAAGAUGGAAGUCGACUCUCUGGAUGUGUCUCACUGGCUCAUAAAUGCUUCAUUGAAGAAGGGCUCACUAGAAGCUGAUCGCGAUUGGCUGAACGGGGAUGCCGUCACUAUAAUCAUUGCUGGAAGUGAUACUAUUGCUCCAACACUGGUUUUCGCAUUUUACGAGCUCGCCCGGGACCCAUUGCGGCAAAACAAGUUGUUCAAUGAGCUUCAGGGCACUGAUAUUCAUAACCGCACCGAGCUACAACGUUGUGAGUAUCUUACUGCGGUCAUCAAUGAAACCUUGCGUCUUCACCCACCGGUACCUACCGGCGGUUAUCGGCAAACACCCGCAGCAGGGAUGACAAUCGGUGGGACUUAUAUACCAGGAGGCGUCACCAUUGUUGCACCAAGGUACUCGCUCGCUCGUCUUGAGUCCUCAUAUAAGUGCGCCGCAAGUUGGAUACCUGAGCGCUGGACUUCACGCCCAGACAUGAUCAUAGACUCGCGAGGGUUUGCACCUUUCUCUCAGGGACGUUUUAAUUGUGUGGGAAAGGCAUUGGCCAUGAGUGAGAUGCGUUUUGUCAUUGCUUUAUUGAUCAGCAGGUUCCGCGUUGAGUUCGCAGACAAGGAAAGAGGCCAGAGGCUGUUUGCUGACCUAAGAGAUCAGUUCACAGCAGCUCCAGGUGCCCUGAAUCUGAAGUUCCUGCACAGAGCAGUUGAUGGAUGAAUACCAGACGAUUAGGUCGAUGGAGGUCUGGUCAUGGAGAAAGAUGAUAGUAAUACGGUUU